UCAAAUUCUCACGCGCACGUUCCGCAAACCAAACCUGCAGACGUGAACAGUUCUACGCAGACUAGAACGCUAAUUCUUGAUAUUGACCCUCAAAUCUGUUCCUUUUAAAUUUUAUUUUUGUUAUUUGUUUAUUCUUCAAUCGCGUAAGGUCAUAAAGAUGAUGGAUCGUUACGUAAAAAAAAACGAUGAUGUUCUUGUAUUAUAUGAAUCAGAGAAGGCUUCAGCAGAACUGGAAAAAACGUUUGUACCAGAUUUAAGAAAAUCUUUGGGAGACUCUAGUAAAAUUGUACUUGAAAAAGUGAAUAACCUAAAAACAAAUGAAUACAUUGCAGCAUUUGAUGUGGUUUUUUCUGGAUUUCUGAUGUCUUUUUACCAUUCUGACAGUAUACUUUUAGAUUUGAUGAAAGUCUUAAAACCUAAAGGUCAGUUAGCCAUUCGAGAGCGAUAUCAUAAAAGUCAUGAGCCUCUAGAUUUGAUCACUCGCUUGAAGCUGAAUGGAUUCUUAUUGCCUAAUAAAGAAACCCAUGUUAUAAAGGAAAUAGAUGGUAAUCAAGAUAUAGAAGUGAUAGCAGAAAAACCAUCAUUUGAGAUUGGAUCUAGUGUUCAACUUACAUCUAAAAAACCAGCAGCUAAUGUUUGGAAAGUAGAUUCAAAUUUUGAUGAUGAUUUAAUCGAUGAAGAUUUUCUUUUAGAUGAUGAAGAUUUCAAAAAACCAAUUGAUUCUAACUUAAAAGUUUGUAGUACAACAGGGAAAAAAAAAGCAUGUAAAGAUUGUUCUUGUGGACUGGCUGAAGAAUUAAGAGGAGAAAAAGUUGCUACUGAACAACCAAAAUCUUCUUGUGGAAGUUGCUACCUCGGAGAUGCUUUUCGGUGCGCUAGUUGUCCAUAUCUUGGAAUGCCAGCUUUUAAACCUGGAGAAAAAAUUUUGCUUCCUGAAUCUCAAUUAAAAACUGAUUUGUAAAGUACUUAAAUCAUAGCAUGAAUCAGUUUAACUUAUGAAUAAGUCUGAGGUCUUGAGUGCUAUUUAAAUGUGAUAAAAAAAUUUGUUUUCAUAA